CGCAUGCAGGAUAGGGGUUUGUCUCGCUGAUGCAUUGCCAAGAUAUUGCGUAAUGAGCGCCCUUACUAUCACAUCAGUUGGGAUUGGCAGCUUCUGGACGUUGUAAAAUCCACACCCCCGUAUGUUUGGCUGAACCCAACCAGGUUCGAGAAAUGCAUUGCGUCUUGCUGUGAACAUCGCUUAGACCGGAGACCGAGCAGUUCUGAGCUCUGUACCCGCUUCGAGAUGGCAUCAAUGUUCUCGAACCCCGUCCAUACGUUAGAACAGGUUUCUGAUGUGCUUCAACUUGGGUCCCUCCCAAUACUUUGGAGAUAUACGCUCAGAGGAGACACCCCGGAGCUUACUACUGAAUUCAAUGAGAUCAUAUCACCGGGCAGCCGAACCGCGUGCCGCGAGUGGUGCAACGUUGUUUGUCAAUCUCCCCCGACGGAUCCAGGAAUCUUAGCGGCACUCACUCAAUUCACACCUGCGCUGCUUCAUUGGGUCGCUGCCAUGGGGAUCAUGGGAGCACUUAACUGCGCUCUUGAAGGACUGCGUGAUCUACGCGUGUGGGCGGAGGACUACUCGUUCAAGAAGCUUUUUUAUGACCUCUAUCAGCUGAUAAUGCAGUCCCGCAACGCGAUUAAUGAAUGCCCCCUCUCCCUCCUAGGUGGCAGUCAUUCCUUUGUUCCUGACAAGAGUAUUUUGAGGUCAACACUCCCCAGGACAUUCGUGAAAGCAAGAAUUCGAUCAGCUUCACGAUCGACAGACGUUGUCUGGUAUGCACGAUGUAAGAUACCGGAAGCGCGCUGCCUUCCCCGCCUCAUGGCAGUCUCCGCCAAUGGUCGUUAUGUAGUCUUCGUUGAGCAGGGUGGAAAACUAUCAGUUAUUAACUUGACGACCCAGGAAAUCUCUGCUACAUUGGAGCGAGACAUUCAGCCUGAUUAUGUCGCCAUUUCUCCUGAUGGCCAUCUUGUUGCGUUUAACUCGUAUGGCAACAUUCUUCGCGUAUGGAGUUGGCACCACACCAAUUUAUUCUGUAAAGAGCUCGCGGACCAGGGCGAAGGCUUCUGGCCAAUUAGUUGUGGUUUUAGCCCUAAUGGAAAGUAUCUUGCUGGCCAAAUUGGGGACGCAGUCCGUGUAUGGGAUACGGCGGACUGGGAAACACUCGCGCUUGUUCCAGGGAAAGGCCUUCGAUUCCGGAGAAAUUCCUCCCCGUUUACCCCGGAUAGUCGUUACCUCGCUUUGUAUCAAUUUUUUCCAGAUACCCGAAGGAGUCAACUGGACGUUUUUGACAUCACCACUCAACCAAUGACUUCUCUUUUCGCAGCGGAGUGCACCAACAUGGACGUCAAUUUCUCACCCGAUGGUCAAUAUUUGGUUUUGCAGAACAGGGACGAGAUCCAGUUGUGGACAAUUUCAACACGGUGCAAGACUUACACAUUCGAGGGGUCCAGCUUGACAACGUCGCUCGAUGGCCGUUACACAGUUUCUCAUUUAGAUGAGAACUCUAUAACCAUCUGGGACAUCAUGACCCAGACGACUACCCAUUUCCAUCACACAGGCAUGAAGCCAGAGUACUUUGAAUUUUCACCUGAUGGUCGUUAUCUCGCUGCCAGUGGGACAGAUGAUACCGUCCACAUCUGGGACGUUCAGGACCCGGAUCAAGGUGUCCACCUUAAAUUGUCCUUUUGGACAUUGGGGAUUCUCGAUGGACGUUUCUCGUUUUCACCUGACGGCGGUUACCUGGUUGUUUUACAUUCCUCGUCGCCGUUAAUAGUAGAAGUGCCGAUUUGGACCGACCCAGCCGAUUGGGAAGGGCACUGUGAAGUGGUACAAUGUGUGCAAUUUUCGCCUGAUGGAAAGUGGCUGGUUUCAACCUGUUUUGACGAAGUUCAUGUUUGGGACACCUCACUCUGGACGAGCAUCUACCGCCUUGAUGCGUCUGAGGAGUUCCCCACUGUUGACUUCUCAAAUGACGGCAGGCUCAUCCGCAUUGAAUAUACGUGUAGAAGCGCUGAAAUACGCGAUGUGCUCUCAGGAGAGAGAUUGCAAGACCCCCUGCCAUGGAUUUCAACUAAUGUCACCAUUUACUCGCCACGGAUCCCGGUUUUCUUAAGCCAAGAUAGGCGGAGUCUGUGUGCCGCGAAAGGAGAAAGAACCAUUCACCUUUGUUGGCUACCCGAUUGGUUCGAAACCAGCACCGAUAUCGCGCAGUAUGGAGAAUUGGUGUGUCUAGGAGGUGAAAAGGGGGAAGUUCUAUUCUUGGACAUCUCUGGCUUUGAAAUGCCCGACAUUUGAUCUAGUCCCAAUUGUUAUAUGGUAACUGCGACCUGCUUACGAAUAGGAAGGUGACCAAAGUCUCUGAAAGUUAUUCCCGAUAUUUGCAAGUCCGCAAGCAGGCGACAGGUCCGCUUCCCCACUCCAUUUCCACCUUGGACAACCUAUGAGCCGAGCCUCAUUAGGUGA